CGUAAACGUCAAACGCACGUGUUGUAUUUUGUUCAUCAAAAACUUUGAAAUUUGUGUUAUUUUUAAAUUAAUGAGAAAAUCUAACAAUGGGGAAGCGUAAAUAUGAUAAUGACAAAAGUUCUCCAUCGAAAGAAAAUGCGACGAGUGAGGAGGCAGGGGCAGAAAAUAAUGAAAUCGUGGAACAACCAGACAACACCGAAAAUGCUGAUGUUAAAAGAAGAAAAGUUCCUAAAACAGGUGGUUUUGAUAUUAAACACCUUCGCAAAGACUUGGCGGCAAAACAAGGCCAAGGAAUGGUGCUGACACAAUUCCUUCAAGUUUGCCUCGACCCAGACAAUGAAGAAGAUUACCUGCUAGCUUAUCUCAAGACGGGAGGCAACCCACACGAAAUCCUCCGGCAAAUCAACCAAGACAGUAAGAAAAACCUUACACUUACCACACCAGCGUUCCAUUUAUUCCACUUAAUCAUAGUCAAAGUUCAGUCUUCGCUUCCCCACAUGAUCGCUGCCACCGAGGAAGCGUGCCGAUACUUCCUGAACAACUUUAUGUCAACCGUGGAAAUUAUGAUCAGCGAGAACUCUGGACCUCGGCACAGGAAAAUAAUCUUAAAGCUACUCACAUCAAUGGUCACUUUGAACUCUGACUUGGGUAUCGAGAUUCUCAGUCACGCACCUCUCACUCCUAAACAUCUGCAGUAUAUUGUAGAAAAAUCAAAUUACAAAGAGAAAGACAAUGUACGGACAUCAUUUGUUCACUUCAUGACAUCAUUCCUUGUUGAUGGUCACUUACCACUAAUAAAAGCUCUUUUAGAAAAGCAAGGUCUGUUGAGCUUGGUGAUACCUGGACUGGUGCAUGAUGAGGCUGAGGCUGUUUUGAUCUUCCUCAAUAUCUUAAAAAAGAAUGUAGUUGAAAACUCCUUCAUUUCCAAAAGCUUAAAGCUAAAAACCUUUAAUCAUCAAGUUCUACACAACUUGUUUAAGAUAUUCACAUGGAAAGGACCUCCAGAAAUAAACUUUGAAGUCAGAAAUAAGCUGAGACCAGAAAUUGUGACAUUAUUAUCAGAUAUUAUUUUAACAUUGUUUACAUCACACAGAUUGGGUCUGUAUUUCAUUGAUAGCACUUUAGGAACAUCAGAUUUAAACAAAAAUCAAAACUUGUACAAAGCUUUAUUGACACUUAAACGGCCCUGGGAAAACAAUAAUGAGUGCCAGGUCAUUUUAGAAAUUAUUCACAGAUGUCCAGACUUGCACAGAGCAGUGAUGUCGGUGGUUGAGCAGAGCUUUGAGCCACAACACUCACCAAUUUGGGAGAAAACUGUAGAGUUCGUAAUAAAUCUACUGGAAAACAUGAAACCAGAAAACGUAGUGCCCAAAAUGAAAAGCUUAAAUACUUCUCAAGCAGCAAAUUUUGUAAGAUUUGUCACAUUACCAGUCCCUCUAUUGAAAUACAUCCAAACAAGUCUUGGAAAGGACCAGUCAAUAUCUUUAUAUUGCAUCAAGGUGCUGGUUAAAAUGCUUCAGACUUUAAAAAGGUACAUGCAAAUUUUCGAAAUGGAUGAUUCUUCCAAUCGUAUUUUGGACUUGAAGAAUAAACUGGAGUAUUUUCUGCCUAAACACUUACCUGUUCCUGCUACUAUUGUCACACUCAUUCAAGACGUCAUCAAUUAUAAAGACAGUGGAGAUGAAAAGCAACAAGAUUAUAAGCUUCCUAAAAUUGAACAUACAGAUGCUUUAAUAAACCUAAUUGAUGUAUUGCUAUUGUAUAAUGAUAUCCAUCCUGCAUUUUUCGAAAUGCUGGAGGGUAAUAUUGACAUGAAACAAAUACUGAAAUAUGCUACUAAAUUGAAAGAUGGGAAUACUGCUCUUUUGAAAUUCAAAAUUGUAUCUCUGUGGCUGACACUAGAUCGCACAGCUAUUUCGCUUAAAAAUCCCAUGUUUAAAGAUCUAUUCCUUAUCAUGUUGGAUGUUUAUACUACUGACACAGAUACCACCUGGUCUGAAGCAAAAAUAACACUACACAACUUUUUUAGAAAUACGUCUAUUUUUGAAAGAGAUGAAGAUGAAAUUCAUCUGAUUUUGUAUGCUCUACGUAAUGCGAAAGUAAACCCCAUUUCACUGAUAGCCGAUAUUGUUGAGUUUGUGCUGUCGCAUAUACAAGAACUGGCAAAUUACGUGAGCGAUCAAAUAGUAAACUUCGAAAUUACUGAUGAAGGAAGCGAAUCUAGUCUAAACAAAUUAUUUGAUGAUUUGAUGGAAAAUCAAAACACAGAUGAUCAAGUUUUCUUAGAGAAUAAAAUUCCGUCUACCUUUAUUGUGGGUUGUAUGCAAUUUAUUCAAAACAACAAAGAGGCAAAGAAAAGUUUGAAACAUUUUCUAUCUUGUUACAUAGCCCAUUUGUUCCAUUGUAACUACUCGCCUGAACUAACGGAACUUUUAAUAGAGGAUUCUAAGCUGGAAGUGAGAAAUUAUGUUUCACAGUGGUUGUCACAGUCUGCUUCCUUGCCUGAAUCCAUCACAGCUAAAGAUGAUAUCAUAAAAGCUUUAUCGAAAUCUAUCUUCGAUAAUGAAGACUUGCCACUCCAAGAAGUAUUUAGAUGUCUUGAGGAAACAUCAGCAGAAGAGAGUGAUAUAACGAUACAUGAUGUGCCAUACAAAGUGAUUACUACUGAUGCAAUUGAUAGUUCAGAAAUUUUAAUAUGGGCAAAAUACCUUAUAUUUUGUUUAGUGCGUUUGACAAACAUUGGCCAAUUAGAUGAAGAUAGACAGAAAAAAAUUAUCAACUAUUUUCAUCUCCUUAUAACCAUAGGGAAGAAAAGUCAUCUGAUAAAUGAAUGUCGUUUGAUCAUGCUGUCUCUAUUUAAAAAUCCACAUGUCUUGAAAAUUUACAAGCCAUUAUCUGUAAAAGAAAAUGAUCCUUGCGUAGCAUCAACUCAAAGCCUGCUUGAUAUUGUUGUUGUGCAUCGCGAUGUAGUCACACAUUUGGAUAACAAGCAUAGAAUCUUAAAGUCCUAUCAACAGAAGAAUUUCAAUGAGUUGGUCAAAGCUUUCAGCAAAAUCAACAAACGGAAAAAUUUGAGUAGUGAGCUCACAGUGAAAGUCUUGGAGGUUGUGGGAAUGACGAAUGAAGACGAUUUAGUUAUUUUCAAUAAAAUAUUUGCGUUGGAUGCAAAUUACUGCGUGAAAGAUGACAAAGAGCCCAGCAUUGUUUUAGACGUAUUACAAACUUUGUUAAAUAAAUAUUCAAAAUCGAUAACCAUUGAAAUGCCCGAGCAUGUGAUUCGAAAGAGCAUGAAAAUGUAUGCAGAACUAAUUUCAAACAAAGAGGUCACUGCUAAUCUCACCAAUUUGGAGAAUUCUUUAACUGUAUACUUUGAGAAUAAACCUCAUCAUUCUGUAUACGUAAAUGACGACAUUUACAAAAGAUUUUUCAAUGCAACUACGAUCAGAAAGUCCACAUCUAAAUUAGCAUCAGUACUAUUGAAGUAUAACAUGAGAUUUUGUAAUAUUUAUAAAGAACAAAUAUCUCGUCCAGAAAUCUUAAGCCAAAGAGAGUUGACACUGCCGUUAGGAAAUGCUAUCAUUCAUCAUAAGCAAUUUCUUAUUGAAAACCGGGAGCUAUUGCCAAAAGUAUUUGCUGAAUACAAAUCCAACACAAAUAAAAUGCUGGAGAAACCCCACAAGGCUGGACAAAUAUACAAUUCAUGUUGGGAAUUCAUAAGAAAAUUAUUGUUAGAAUGCUUGGAUGUUAAGGAAUGUGUACAGCUAUUUAGCAAAAGCCAUAAAUACGAGGUUGCAGAGUCAAGCCACGUGCAGCUAUUACAAGCCGUCUUCUUUAAAAUCUGUCUACAUGCUGAACAUCACAAGAAGGAGUACCUUAUGAACUACUUGUCAUCCAUGUUGCACAUUAUGACUAUAGCCUUGAAAGAAAAUAAAGAUACGAAGACCUUAGACGACAUCAUAGGCAGUGUGUACAAUGUAGUUCUUAUCGUGAAACGCAAAGAAGGAUUCAAAAUUGAACAAAAGGAUGAAUUCAAAAAAGUUACAGAAAGUGCCGUAUGGCAAAAUUUCUGCAAAGCUGUCCUAAAAGACUCUUUAAAGGUUCGAACUGUUGCCCAGUCCAGCACCCCUGGACCUCAGUUACUGUUCCUGCUUACUACAUUAGUAAAGCUUUUAUACUCAGCGGAUAGCGAGGAUAUAGUGACACUGUUCGAUAUGGUGACUUCCCAUUCGGAGUUUUUGAAUGUGAUGUUGAGUCAUCACAGCUCAGACAUUAAAUCAAGAUUAGUGGAGUUCUUGUACACCUUGAUUCAACUGAAUAAAUCAGUAAUGAAACUUCAGCAAAUCCCUGUGUAUUUGAGCGCGUAUCACGCUACAAGAAGUCCAUGUGACCGGCUUAUUCUAGCCAUAUUGCAAUUUUACGAGAGCAACGGGCAGGCUGUGAACGAAUAUAAACCCUACGUUUUCGGAGAUUCCGCCGCAAACCAUUACGCUGUGCGGAAAACUAGGACGUCAUCACUGUGGGGACAUCCGACUCCCAAUCGAUUGUUCAAUUUAUUCGACAAAGAAACGAUCGAGAGGACCGUGAGGAAUUUUCCAGUGAUGCAAAGGCUGGAGUAUAACUACGAGUUGCCUCCGAUCGGGGCGUGCCAGGAGUCCCUGAGGGCUACUUUGGUGGAGACCUCCAAAGCGGGUUACUUCAAUACGAAGCCGAUAAAGGACACUGAAGCGGCGAUCAGUAAUUUGUUGCGGAGUGUGAAGUAUGAUAAGCUGUUGGAAACGAAUGUGGAGGUCACAGCGGUGUCACAUUUGGAGGACGAUGAGGGGGUGUAUGACGCUGCGUUCGUGUUUCCCUUGCUGAGUCACCUGCUGGCUCCGGGGUCGGUGGCGUCGUGCUUCAAGAUGAUGCGGUCGGGUUUAUUGGCGCUGCCGGUGGUGGCGCUGGGCUCUCAUUGUGAGCUGAUGCGUGCGGCGGCCUACCACGUGCUGCAUCGGUUCUGUCUGCUGCUGGAAACUGAGACCCGACACAAGAACGACAAACUAUUCCUCACGGACUUCAUAAGCACUAUUCGGCAGAGUCUUCCCACCGCCAUCAGCGAUCCAGCUCCCGAAGAUGGAAACACCAAAGGGCUGAGGAGUCCUCGCCUCCCUGCAGUAGACGCCUUAUACCUGGCGCGGGCUCUGAUGGUCUCCACCGCCCCAUUCGACCCACUCUACAAACCUGUCAACAACUUCUUCAUAGCCAAAGAACUGGUGGACCUCACAGUCGUACCAGAUUUUCUGAGCCUCUUCCACGACAGUGACGUGGUGUCAACGGACCGAAGGCUCUGGAUUCUUGACGUCAUCAGAGACGGAACAAAAACGAUGACGGAUAUCAACGUCAUAUUCAAGACGAUGUCUCUGAAAAUGAUCAUGGACUUCUACUCUUCAGUGCUGAGUGACAGGAAGACAAAGGAAAGAAUCCUUGGAGUUUUGAAUUCUGUGAUUUCGGUGCCUAGAGCGUUUGGGAUUUUAUUGGAAGGCUAUGGCUUCAUGUCAUGGCUACACGCCGUUGUCAGACAACUGGGGAAAGAUGACAAGACACUAGUCAGAACAUUAUUUGUGCUAUUGGAGAAUAUGAUUCACAGCAUGACAAUAAACUGUUUUGUGAGACAUCUGGCGCUGGCAAGGAACCGCAACGCCAGUCAUGUUGAACUCAAACUCAACAAAGAUGUAGAAUGCGAAAUAAUGGACGUUUUGUAUUACUUAUUGCCGCAUACAAAUAGCUUGGAAGACGAAGAUCUGGUGGCGUAUGUGAAAAUAUACAAUUUACUCUCAAAAAGAACUUUGAAGAGUUUAACUAAGAAGCAGAUUCUAGGCUUGGUUUGCAAGAGUGCUGCAGUAAUCAAGGAUGAAGCUACGAAGUUGUUAACAAAAGCAAUUGUUAAUAAUGAUGUUAACGUGUUGAAGAGUAAUGUUAUAAACAAUCUAGAUAGUUCAGUUAAUGUGCAGUCGAAAGAUGUUUUGAUGCGAGAAUUGACGGAAAUAAUUCAAAAUUACGUCGCUUAAAUAUUAUUAAAUUUAAGUACAUAUAGUUUAUGAACUGUAUACCAAA